CUUUGUAUAAAUUAAUAAUAAAAAAACAAAAAAGAAGUAGAAAAAAAAACCACCUAAAGAAGAAAGACUGAGUUCUGUUGCGACUACGUCAUGCAGGCAAUCAAGUGUGUUGUAGUUGGCGAUGGCGCCGUGGGUAAGACCUGCCUUUUGAUCAGCUAUACAACAAAUGCCUUUCCGGGCGAAUAUAUACCCACGGUAUUUGACAACUAUUCGGCCAAUGUGAUGGUCGAUGCCAAACCCAUCAAUUUGGGUCUAUGGGAUACUGCCGGACAAGAGGAUUAUGAUCGUUUGCGUCCACUAUCGUAUCCUCAGACGGACGUCUUUCUCAUUUGCUUUUCGCUGGUGAAUCCGGCCUCAUUUGAGAAUGUGCGUGCCAAAUGGUUUCCGGAGGUGCGUCAUCAUUGCCCCAAUGUGCCCAUCAUUCUGGUUGGCACCAAACUGGAUUUGCGUGACGAUAAGCAGACCAUCGAGAAGCUAAAGGAUAAGAAAUUAACACCAAUCACAUAUCCACAGGGUCUGGCCAUGGCCAAGGAGAUAGCAGCUGUCAAGUAUCUGGAGUGUUCGGCAUUGACCCAAAAGGGUCUCAAAACGGUAUUCGAUGAGGCAAUCCGUUCUGUACUCUGUCCCGUUAUGCGCGGCAAUGUGUCUAAGAAAUGUUCACUGCUGUAGGAUCCCCUCCCUCCGGCCCCAGAAACUGAUGUGCAAAAAAAAAAUGGGGAGCAAGAGUAAUAAAACAAAAAGAGAACAAAG